CUCGAGGCGUGGGUAGCGCCCUGCACUCCAGUCUGCUGACACACCGGGAGGACAGGCAGCGCUACACCUCCGUGCCACAGGACUAUAUGUGGAUACACAGGCUGAUCAGCAGAGAUCUAUGGGGAUAGUUUAAUGGGAACUGCAGCCUACGACCUCUUACAUGAAAACAGAUAAGCCUUGAAGGACCUUGGAGAGCCAGAGAACAAGUCCUGGCCUUCGCCCUACUGCGCGACUGGCGAAUGAACUUUGUUCAUGCGUCUCCCUGCGUGCCACUCCCACAACACUAUGAACUGUGAGCAGGAAUUUGGAGAAGGGGGCUUGGGAGUGACCCUCACCCUGCGACUGCUCAUGCACGGAAAGGAAGUUGGCAGCAUCAUAGGAAAGAAAGGAGAGACUGUGAAACGAAUACGAGAAGAGAGCAGCGCACGUGUUAACAUCUCAGAGGGCUCCUGUCCAGAGCGGAUCAUCACUAUCACCGGCUCCACGGACAGUGUGUUCAGAGCCUUCACCAUGAUCACGUACAAACUAGAGGAGGACCUGAUUGCACUGGUGGCCAAUGGCACCAUCAGCUCCAAGCCCCCAGUCACUCUACGCCUGGUCAUCCCUGCUAGCCAGUGCGGCUCACUUAUUGGGAAAGGCGGUGCAAAGAUAAAGGAAAUAAGAGAGAGCACUGGAGCUCAGAUACAGGUGGCAGGAGAUUUGUUGCCCAAUUCUACGGAGCGAGGGGUGACGAUAUCUGGGACUCAGGACUCUGUAAUCCAAUGUGUCAAGCUCAUCUGCACAGUAAUCCUGGAGUCUCCACCAAAAGGUGCCACCAUCCCCUACCGGCCGAGCCCUUCACCAGCUGCUCUCCUCAUCGCAGGGAACCAGGUUUAUGAGGCACCAGAAUUUGCACCCCACCCUCUGUACUCAGUCAUCCAGGGUGGCCUGGACCUCCAGCAGGCCUACACUUUGCAAAACCAAUAUGGCAUUCCACACUCAGAGCUGGCCAAGCUACACCAGCUGUCGGUGCAGCAAGGCCUCAGUCCCAUGGCCCAGCCUGCCUCCACCAUCAUGCCUGGGAUGGACUCGAAUUCCCAGACAUCUCAGGAGCUGCUAAUUCCCAAUGAUCUGAUUGGCUCAAUCAUCGGCCGCCAGGGUACUAAAAUCAACGAGAUCCGGCAGGUGUCGGGAGCUCAGAUAAAGAUCGGAAGCCAGCUGGAUGGGACAAGUGACCGCCAUGUCACCAUCACAGGAACCCCAGUCAGCAUCAACCUGGCCCAGUACCUCAUUACCUCCUGUUUAGAGACAGCCAAAUCCACAGCAGCCACCAUGGCAUCUCCAGUUGACCUCAACAUGGCCUUCACCCAGCCAGCCUCCCCCGCCGCCUCCCCUGCACCCGCCCUGACGGCCGUGAGCACACUGACCCCGGCUCAUAUGCUGGGCACCCCGUACGGUGCCCUGCCUCUCUCCGGGCUCCUGGGGGUGAAGUCUGUCCCCUUUCUGACUCUGUCCAGUCCCGCCCCCACCGUGGCUGUCACCGCAGCGCCCACCCACUCCACUCUGGCUGCCUACACUACCAAAAUAUCCUCAGCCAAUUGCAUCAAAAAGCCAGAGAGACAGAAGUUUUCCCCCUACUGAUGACGCCUCCGUGUGUAAAGCCAGAUAAAAGACAACAGCAGUGUUCUUUAAAAGAAAAGAAAAAAAAAAUUCCUGAUGUAGCCAUAUUCGCCAGAAGAGAUGCUUCUGACUUUUAUUCUACAAUGCAACAACGGAGACCAAUGGAUUACGCCAUUUAAAGUUAUUUACACUUAUUGAUAAUUUGUCAGUUUCCCAUUAAAAGAUGGACUGCUUUCAUCAUCACUAUUAUUGAUCAUUAAAAAAAAAAGGGCUGGAACCUCACCUGAGAAACACAUGUUUAACAGCUUUUACAUGUGUACCUCAAGUUAGAAAACAGCUAAGUAUUUAUCCUUCAAUAAAUUUGUAAAUUGUACUCAGAUGAUAAAUGCUCUACUGUAUGAUGCUUUUAUACAACGUCUGUUUGCCUCUUGAAGUUUUUAAGAAAAUUUGUAAAUGUCUGGAGGGGUGUGUUUUGUUUUGUUCUUGUUUUUUUUUUAUUUAAUAAUCUGUGCUAUGGUACUGUACUUUACUUUAGUGUAAUGUCUGUUUUGUUGGAUUUUGUUUGUUGAAUGUGCAGCUUGGUUAAUCUCUAUUUAUUAGUAUUGUUUCAUUUAUUAAAUGUCUUUGUUUCCUGAUGUGGCAGACGUUUCUGUG